GUAUUGUGUUGAAGUUUUGUGAGUAACGAAGCGACUAUCAACGUGACUUGUCUUCCGGAGGAAAAAAAUUUAAAUAAAAAGAUAUAAGAAAAAAACAAUUAUAAGACGAGAAAUAUUAAAACCAAAUUCACAUUUUUUUUUUAUUAUAAAUAUGGAAGAGGAAACACAUCAGCACGAAGAAGAAGAGGAGCAAUAUGUGGAAGAUGAUGGUGAUGAGUACACAGGCCCUGGCGAACAAGAAGUUGAGAAGCCUUCGAAGGAGGAAUUCAAGGUCGCCAAAUGGAUGAAGGCAAACGUCAAAUCAAAGAAAACGAAAUUCCUCAGCCACAAUGUGCAGUAUUUCAUAUCGAAUAAAGCGCUAGACGCUUUGCUAAAGUCGAAAUUCGCACAAGGCGAUGACGCCCUCUUCACCACACGUGAACACGCUAUCGACUUUUUGGACGUCAUGUUGGAGCAUAAAUUUUUCCAUCGCGCCAAAAAAGUGCCCGUCUCGUUGGAGGAGAUGCGCGGCAGUGGGGCAGCUACAGGUAGCAAAACAACGAAAAACAAAAGUGAUGAAAAAGAGCCACAGCACAAGAAGAAGGAGAAGGAUGAGAAGAAAGACACCGAGGCUGAAGCCGAAGCCAGCGGUGCCAAUGGCAUGGGUGAUGGCAAUAUAAGUGCUGGUGCCGGCAGUGGUGGUGGCGGUGCCGUUGAGAAGAAAGAGAAGCGCAAGCGAAAAAUACGCUUGGACAUGCAUCAUGAACAGGUUUUCGUUGAUGGUUCGGAGCCAUACAUUUGGAUUUAUGACCCCAUACCCAUACACUACUGGAUUUAUGGACUAAUCUUAUUGCUGGGCGCCAUACUGAUUUGUUUGUUCCCACUCUGGCCACCACUAUUGCGUAAAGGUGUCUACUAUUUGUCUGUGGCGGCGGCUGGAUUCCUCGUACUCAUAUUGACUUUGACAGUAAUACGACUGAUUGUUUUCACACUCGUAUGGCUGGUGACUUAUGGUAAAUUGCAUUUCUGGCUACUGCCGAACUUAACCGAAGACGUUGGAUUCUUUGCAUCAUUUUGGCCGCUCUACGAAAGCAACUAUGUUGCUGAGGAAGAAAAAUCGAAAUCCUCGGAGAAACGCAACAAAUCCAAAUCUAAGAAAAAAGAGAAGGACAGCGAUGCAGAAGAAGACACGGCACCCGAAGCGAUACCACUGGAAGCGGAGAAGAUCGAAGAGGUGAAGGAACAUGACGCGGAUAUCGAGUUACGUCGCCGCAAAGCCACUGGCGAUAACACUGCGUGCGCCGAAGAGGCCGCGAGUAACAGUGCUGUAGGUGGCGUUGAUAGCAGCGAAGCGACCGCUGAGUCAGACGUUAAAGGCUCGCACACUCCAUCUGAAUCAGAUUCGGAAAUCUCCGCCAAGGAUCAGUUCGAGAUCAUCAGUUCGAGCGAAGUGCAUAAUGUUAAUUAAUGAAAAUAAUAUAUACAUACAAAUUUAAUGCAAUUUACAUUUUUACAAAUAGACAAAAAAUAUACACUAUUAAGCUGAUUAAAAAAUAUACAUACAUAUAUUAAUUGAA